GGGCGAUUCAAUGGCGAAUUGUGUCUCUCUGUCGCGCAGCUGCAAUAAGUCAAGUGAAAUGGAAAAGAAGGUUGAAUUAACGAAAGAAGAGCCAUGCGUCACCAGGCACCAUCAUCAAUCAAGCCGUCCCAAGCACACACACACACACAAAUGGCACGGUUCCGCGCUUGACUCACGAUCUCCUUUGUCGGCGGGGGUGAGACGGAUCUCGCUGACUGACACCUCAGUCGGUCAGCUAGCUACUGGCUCCUUCUGCUCUCCUUCACUUGACUGACUGGUCCACUCCACACUCACUCCUUCCUGAGGUCCACUUUGCUCUUGUUGACGCCCGUCUCAUCAAUCACAUACACCUCGGCGUAGUCACCUGCACACACACAUACACAGACAGACACAGACCAGACACAGCACAUGACUCCGCCCUCCCUGCGCUCAGAUCAGAUCAUCCCACCCCACCUGUGUAAAUGUCCCUCUCGCCAGCAGCGGCGAUGACGUCCUUGGCCAGGUCAAUGAGGUCUGUCUUGUCGAGCGGCUCGAGCUGCUUGGUCUGGUUGGUCUUGCCGAUCUGGUUGUCCAGCACAGAGGUCACGAGCUCCGCCCCGGUGCCCUGGGAGACGUACGGGAUGCGCUCGAAGCUGCCGAUGGCGUCGUAGCCGUAGACAGCCCCCUUGCCCUCCUCGUCCAGGCCCACCACCACGUUGAAGGUGUAGUAGGGGAAGAACCGCUUAAAGUACAGACGGGUCGACAGCAGCUGCGCCACUGCAUUCACAGACGGCUCACGGCGAUGCGCGUGCUCGUACUGGGUGAUCAAAAUCUGGGGGAGGGAGUGCAGUGCGGGCAAUCAGAGAGGAGAGAGGGAUCAGUCAGUGUGUCGACUCAUUUCAUGAGGGAAGCAGUGCUUGCUUCCACGCAGACAGACGAUUAGGGGCCUGUCUGUCUGUCUGUCUGUUUGCCUGUCAGGUUGGGUGCGUGCGUACCUUCAUGCGUUUGUGUAGCUCCACCAUCUCGGCCUGCAUGCCUCCGGUGAGCACCACACACUUGGACGUCCUGCAACGCAACGCAACGCAUCGUAACGCACACACAUUGAUCAGACUCACUGGUGGCUGGGCGUGGCGUCUGCUUACAGUUGGGUGCAUUUGGUCGUGUUGCGCGAGAGGAUUCUCAUGCCCGAACUGAGACGCGUGUCGGCCAUGGCAACGGCAUACGUCGGACCAGCUACUGCAAACACCGUCCUGCACCCGACCCGACACACAACACAGUUUCGUCUCAAGAGAUCUGUGUCUGUGUCGAUCUGGUGUGAUGUGGUGUGGUGUGGUGUGGUCUGCAGGGCUUGAGCCCACCCUCCGUUGUUCUGGUAGGGCAUGAAGCGAUGCUCCAUCGGCGGGUUGGACACGGGGCGCGGCACAGAUCCGUGGCUCUGCAUAUGCUGCUGAAGCCCCUCACCAGAGGACCACUCUCCCAUCAUUGCGCCAGCUCUGCUACUCUGCUUGUGUUGUGGCUGAG